UCGGGGCUGAGCUAACCGUUUUCUCAGUGCUGACAAUUGUUGAAACUGAGGAGGAAGACGCCGCUGACUCGCGGUUGAAAGUCUGUCGAAUAUCCAACCUAAACCUAUCUUUACCUCGAAUCAUGGCUGGUUUGGAGAAGCUACGCGUAGCUGUGGUGGGUGCAGGAGCGGCGGGUCUGUGCGCUGCGCGUCACUUCCUUGCACGCCAGGACCUGUUCACACCGCCGGUGCUGUUUGAGAUCACAAAGCAUGUGGGCGGAACUUGGGUUUACGAAGAGCGCGUGGGCCACUACGACAAUGGUCUGCCCAUCCACAGCAGCAUGUACAGGGACCUCAGAACCAAUAUUCCCAAAGAGGUCAUGUCAUUUCCUGAUUUCCCCUUUGCAAAGCAUCUUCCUUCAUUUGUCCACCAUACAGAGGUGCGCAAGUACCUUGAGCAAUACUGUGACCAUUUCCGUCUUUGGGACCACAUCAGGUUUGGCAUGACUGUGGAUGCAGUGGACCCAGUAAAAGUGAAGAGUGGCUGGAAAGGUUUGGCAUGGGACAUCACCAGCAGUGAUAGUGUGGACCGGAGCAAAUCCAUUAAAGAGCGCUUUGAUGCUGUUAUGGUGUGUAAUGGACAUUUCUAUGAUCCAUACAUCCCUGCUAUACCUGGACUGGGGAAGUUCAAAGGGAUGUUGAUGCAUAGCCAUGAUUAUCGGAGUGCAGAGCCCUUUGCAGGCAAAUCAGUGCUGGUGCUCGGUGCUGGUCUUUCUGGGCUGGACAUUGCCAUGGAGCUCGCCAACGUCAAUGCUAAGGUGAUUCUAAGUCAUGGUCAGAAGUCCCUGACUUGCCCCAUGCCCCGAGGAGUAGAGCAGGCUCCUCCCGUAAGUAAAGUGUUGGAGGAUGGCACUCUGGAACUUCAGGAUGGAAAGCAAGCAAAGCCAGAGGUGUUUUUGCUCUGCACAGGCUACAACUUCAUCUUCCCCUUUCUGAAUGAGCAAAUUGGCGUGCAGGUGAAAGAACACUUGGUCUAUCCUCUCUACAAGUUUCUGAUACCUCCUGCCUAUCCAUCGCUCUUCAUUAUAGGCAUCUGCAGAGCCAUUUGCCCCUUUCCACACUUCCACAUACAGUCUCAGUUUGCCAUCUCAGUGCUAGAUGGCUCAUUUUCUCUCCCCUCACGUGAAGAAAUGGAAAAAGACAUAGAGUUGGACAUGGCUGCUCGUCAAGCUCGUGGUGUUGCCACUCGACAUAUCCUAAAACUGGACUCUGAACAGUGGGCCUAUAAUGACCAUUUAGCUCACUUGGGUGGCUUCCAACCCCUCCCUUGCUACUGGAGCAACCUGUAUGAGUCUAACAAGGUUUUCCGUGCCCACGAUAUGCUCAACUACAAAACCUACAACUAUAGUGUACUCAGUGAGACUGAGUGGAUGGUGCAGAAUCUGCAAGGACAGCAGCUGCAGAAACCACAACUUAAGCAUGUAUAAAUAGAUCAGUGAAGAGGUUUACUAAAGACCCUUCAGUUGAAAAUGAAUGUAAUUUUUUGCUAUAUUUGAUUUACAGUGUCAAAUUAUUAAAAUUGACACUGUAAAUCAAACAGCACAGAGUGCCAUUAAAGGUCAUAGGCAAGGGUCGGAGAUGGAACGUAGAAUAUCAACUUUGUUUUCUAGAAGAACGACCCAAAAAGCAAUUCAGUCUUCCUGGUGUCUAAUUUGCACCCUAAAAUUGAAUAAAACGAUUAAAAUAUGCUGGUUUGCGCAAGUUGCAAAGGUUUGUUUACAUCUCACUUAUGCGCACUUUUACCGCCAGGGGACAGUCGUUGUGACGUCAUUCAAGGCAAACAGACCGGGAGCAGUUCUGUGUUUACUUGCAAACCGAGGACACGUGUACGGACUUUGGUCGUGAGACGUUGUGUAAAAUGUCUGAAAGCGAUAGCGAUUUUGAAGUAGGAACUCUCCAAAUUGAAUAUCGAGAGGUGAAACCAUAUAUGUAUGAACCUAUGGCCGUUGCGAAGCAAUCAGUGAAUGUGGCACACUGGUUUGACCGUGCAGCCUCAGAACCGGACAGCGACUCGGCCGACUCUAAUCACGGUGACCCCAGACCUCAACAAGACUCGUGCCCAAAUGAUUUAUCCUGGUAAUUAUGAUAAAUUCUUACUUUCGUUGUAAUACUAAAUAAGAGCCUUUUUGAAGAAUAAUUAAACCGCCCUCCCUAGUGGAUAUAGGUAACAAUUACUUGACAGUGCACCAGUAGGCCACAUUAGCCUGCCAUCCACGGCAUUAUUCUAUUUAUAGCCUACUCUAAGCUAGGAAAUAUCCCUUUGUCUCAUUUCCACAAUGAUUGUACAGGAUCCCUCAGGAUUCUUGACUUGUCAAUUGUAAGCAAAGGUAAAAAUGUUUACCUCCAAUCUUCUCCUUUUUGCUGGUCCAUUUCUUCUUUGACUGCUUGAUUUUGUUUCACGUGCACAAUCUACUCUCUCCGCCUCUUCUCCUCUUUCGGAAAAAGCCAACCCUCUGGUUUCACGCGCACAAUCCACUCUCUCUGCCUCAUCUCCUCUUCCGGAAAAAGCCAAUCCACUCUCUCUACCUCUUCUCCUCUCUCGGAAAAAGGUAAAAACUUCUUCCUGAACCGGUCCCGUUGUUACAGUUCACUGCACAACAAUAAGGCAUGGUUUUUCUUUGGAAAUUCCCGAAUGCACGUCUGCACUCAAGCCAAAUGGCAAUGCAAGUAAACGGAAGUGAACUCAACUCAAGAGGUUUCUUUGUCUUGAAUGACGUCACGCGCCGAGUAGUCACGAAAAUCGCUGAACAGAAAUUCGCUGCGAUCCGCACUAACUUAUUAACAAUACUUCUUGGGACCAGAAGAAAAUUACAGAGGGUUUUUUAACAUAUAAAGUUUCAAAUGUGCAUAAAUUGAAAACCGUUGCCUAUGAUCUUUAAUAAAAGAGUGAGCAUCACAUUAAUAAUUCUUUCUACCAUUAAACAUGAUCUUAACUUUUAUUAUGGUUCUAAAUAACUGGGCCAUAUAUAUAUAUAUAUAUAUAUAUAUAUAUAUAUAUAUAAAACUAAACAAAUAAAUAAAUAGGGUUCAGUUUGUGUUCUAACUUUACUUAUACUUUCCAGCUCAUGGUGCUUAUACAUAUUCAUGAAUGAAAACGAUCAAAAGGCUAUACAUUUUGUUGUAUCGUUGAUUCAAGCAAUUCACUAGUUACAGACAUGUAUUGUUGCAUGUAUUGUUUGUGUCAAACAAUAAAGGCAUUAUAAUGUUUA